AUGACUUCCGCCGUGUCUGAGCCUGUGCACAAGUCGCCGGGUUAUCCGGUUCAUCCCAUGAAAGCCCGGGUCGGCCGUUUGAUCUCCAAUAUUUUGGAUUACCCGCUGAUCACUGUCAGAGCGACCAGAAUCCCUGGACCGCUCGUUCUCCCGAGUGAAUCUUCGCCGAGUGAAUCCCCGAGUGAAUCCCUGAGUGAAUCCCCGAGUGAGUCCUCGAGUUUGUCUUCGAGUGCGUCCUCGAGUGAAUCCCCGAGUGAAUCCCCGAGUGAAUCCCCGAAUGAAUCCCCGAGUGAGUCUUUCCCGAGUGAAUCUCCGAGUGAAUCUCCGAGUGAAUCUUUCCCGAGUGAAUCUUCCCUGUGUAAAUCUCUGAGUGAAUCUUCCCUGUGUAAAUCUCAGAGUGGAUCGUCCCCGAGCAGAUCCCCGAGUGAAUCAUCGGCCAGCAGGUGUGUUACAUCACAUGAGACAGCUACAGAGCUCUUGAAACUGUUUUGUGUGGCUCACCAGUUCAACAGCAGAUCAACCAGACUCAUGAACACGAGUCCUCUGAGCCGAGUGAAUCUCCCGAGUCCUCUGAGCCGAGUGAAUCUCCCGAGUCCUCUGAGCCGAUCUUCUGAUUCCCCUGAGUCUUCUGAUUCCCCUGAGUCUUCUGAUUCCCCUGAGUCUUCUGAUUCCCCUGAGUUUUCUAAUUCCCCUGAGUCUUUUGAUUCCCCUGAGACGAGUGAGUCUUCUGAUUCCGCUGAGACGAGUGAGUCUUCUGAUUCCCCUGAGACGAGUGAGUCUUCUGAUUCCCCUGAGUCUUCUGAUUCCCCUGAGACGAGUGAGUCUUUUGAUUCCCCUGAGACGAGUGAGUCUUUUGAUUCCCCUGAGCCGAGUGAGUCUUUUGAUUCCCCUGAGACGAGUGAGUCUUCUGAUUCCCCUGAGACGAGUGAGUCUUCUGAUUCCCCUGAGACGAGUGAGUCUUCUGAUUCCCCUGAGACGAGUGAGUCUUCUGAUUCCCCCAAGACAAGUGAGUCUUCUGAUUCCCCCGAGACAAGUGAGUCUUCUGAGUCAUCUGUGCCGAGUGAGUCUUCUGAGUCAUCUGUGCCGAGUGAGUCAUCUGUGCCGAGUGAGUCAUCUGUGCCGAGUGAGUCAUCUGUGCCGAGUGAGUCAUCUGUGCCGAGUGAGUCAUCUGUGCCGAGUGAGUCCCCUGUGCCACAUUGGUCAGCUAGUGUGGCCACCGCGAUGCCCCAGAGACUCUUUGUCGUCACCAAGACUAUGGCCAGUGCUGAACUCUCUGCAUGUCCCAAGAUGACUGUCCCCAAGCUCUUUGCCCUCACUGUCUGGUCUGAGAUGUCUACAUUUGAACUUACUGCCUUGUCUAAUCAGGCCCAGAGGGCGUCUCUGUGUUCUCCUGUACCCAGGUUCCUGAUACCACCAGCACCACCCUGGUAUCCAGUCCCUCUCUGGGCUCUGCCGGCUCCGCCCUGGGUUCCUGCUCUGCCGGCUCCGCCCUGGCUCUUAUUUCGAACAUCCACCAAAGUCAAAAAGCCUCUGGAUGUUGAGUGCUGA